AUGCGCACCUUCUAUGAUCACCGCUCUGAGUUUGCUGCAGCUGUUGCCAGGGCGGAAUGCAACUUCUAUAUGGAUGACUUACUUCUAUCACUUGACUCUUCGAGUGAAGCAACAGAAAUGUCCCAGCACCUACGACAACUGCUCAAAAGGGGAGGCUUGCACUUCACGAAAUGGGCGAGUAAUCACAAGGAAGUACUGCGUUUCAUCCCGUCUGAGGAGAGACACGUUGGCAUAAAGGAACUCAACUUAAGCCAACACCUACUACCGGUGGAACGAGCGUUAGGAGUCACAUGGAACUUGGAGAACGAUCAGUUUGCUGUCAAAACUCAAAUUCAAAGGAAGCCCUCCACAAAAGGAGGGCUUACUGAGCGUUGUCAGUUCGAUCUACGACCCUCUUGGCUUCAUAGCUCCGCUCGUCAUUAA